AUGGUCCCUCCCACCACCACGCGGCCCGAUGGGCAGCUCAAUAUAAAUUUAUCUGGAUUGACUCCCAUCAGCGAGCCUUCUUCGGUGCCCACCAGCAAAUCUCCUUUUGGUGGUGCAAAAUCUUCGUCGGGAUUGGCAGGGCUCUCCAAUGCAAGAGUAGGAGCUGGCUCUCCUCUUCACGAACAAGCUUCCCGGCUGUUUCCAAAACGUACACGAGAAUUGCAGUCUCAGACUUCUUUAACCCCUAAUAUCUGGGGUCCUCCAACCAGUGGCACCUCAACCCCACUGUUUGAGAUUCCGGAAUCCCCCAACCAGGAUGGUUUCCCAGAUUUGGUGCCUCUGACCGAGACUGGGAUAAACAGUCCCGCAAGACGAGGACGAGCUGGCACCUUACCCUCCAGAAUAUCCCCAGUUGGUACAAUCAAUGGAGUGAAUGUCCUAACAUCCAAGACUUCUCGGCCAACCCCUACCACGAGUCCGUUUCGACCCGGUUCCACGUCCGCUGCCGAAACCGCAUUCUACUCGACGGCCUCUAACCAGACCAACGCGGGAACUUCAACUCUUCUAUCCAGGCUUCGUGCCGGAAGCAUGCCUCAACGGUCAAGCCUCCUCGGGCCUUCUGGUCCGUUCGGUCAGAACGCAUUUAGUUCCAGCUGGGGGACGAGGACUCGGGCUGCCACUCUGACAAGUAUUAGUUCUGCUGAGGAUCCCACCUCUCCCCAGCCGUCUGGCUACUCCAAGGAUGGUAUGUCCGACUCCGGAGUCCGCACUCUUGACUACCUCGGGCUUGCCGAACCUCCCCAGCAUUCGAAACCUGAUGGUCUUCGCCAAGGCAUGGAUGAUUCCUCCCGUCUGCAGGACCCCAGCUUGUCCGACGUAUUAGCUGGUUUUGGACUGCGUAAUUCCAGUCGGUUCAGGUCUUUCUCUGUCAACACACAAUCCAAGUAUGCGACUGAAGCCCAAGACGGAAGCAAUAACUUUCCGCCGUUUGCCAGCGGUUCGUUGACUCCCUCAGCGCAAGCGGCCCUGGAAGCCGAGUAUGAGUUGGUCCAAGAGAAGGUUCGGCUGCAUAAUCAAGCAGUUCAGGCGUUCGCGGUGAAUGCCAGUGCUGCACGCCCGCGAGCUCGAACUGCCGGACUUGUCGAGACACCUCAACGCACGUCACUUCGUAUUUUAUCACAACAGCCGGCGGACAACCUUGGUAUGGCGUUCGAUAUGCAAGGGACAAAUGCAAUGGACCAGUCCAGCCUUUCAGACACUCUACAAAAUUUAGCCAUUGCCGAAAACGCGACCUUGUCGUAUGAAGGCAUGGACGAAUCAGAAGUCCAGGUCUCCCGAUCCCUGUGGAUAGGCUCGAUCCCGAAUUCCACAACAAUGUCCUCCCUGGACGCCAUCUUCAACCGAUAUGGCCCGAUUGAAUCAACAAGGGUCCUCACGCAUAAGAAUUGCGGCUUUGUCAAUUUCGAAUCUGUUGAACACGCCGUCCGUGCUCGGCAGCUGCUCAACGGCAAAGAAAUCUUCCCUGGCGCCGGACCCGUUAGGAUCGGGUUUGCAAAGGCUCCAAAUGCGUCUGUCUCGUUGACUCCUGUGCAGAACGCCACGCCUCCACCAGGGGCAAAUGGAAAUGGCGAAGCAGGAGCUUUGCAAGCCAAGGAUGCCACUGGCAGCCCUACUAGCUCGACGAACAUGCAGCAAACACUGAGUUUACCAGCUCCCGACCGCCUCGCGGAGCUGCAUCCGGAGAUAUUGCAAAUCGUGCUCGAUUUUGGCGGGCAGCAGUCGGAGUUACCCACCAUCUCUACAAAUAUUGAGAGUGCUAUUCGUUUCAGUCGUCUGGAGAAAGAGAUUCCUCCCAUUCCAGAACCGAGUUCUACGAGAAUGUAUGAUGCUCCCAGGCUUCGGGACAUUCGCAAACGAAUUGACAACGGAGCCUGCGGACUGCAGGAGAUUGAGCAGAUCGCCAUCGACAUGUUGCCUGAAAUUGCAGAAUUGUCUUCGGACUACCUUGGGAACACCGUGGUCCAGAAACUCUUUGAAUAUUGCUCCGAGCAAACAAAGGAACAAAUGCUGGCAUGCAUUGCGCCUCAUCUUGCUGAAAUCGGAGUGCACAAGAAUGGCACCUGGGCCGCCCAGAAGAUCAUCGAAGUGUGCAAGACCGACAGCCAAACACGGAUGAUUGUCGACUCGCUUCGCCCCUACACCAUCCCCCUUUUCCUCGACCAAUACGGUAACUAUGUUCUUCAAUGCUGCCUCCGUUUUGGACCACCGUACAAUGAUUAUAUCUUCGAGACCAUGCUUAGCCAACUGUGGGAAAUUGCCCAAGGACGAUUCGGGGCCCGGGCCAUGCGCGCUUGCUUAGAGGCUCAUCAUGCUACAAAGAACCAGCAGCGCAUGAUGGCUGCGGCGAUUGCUUUGCAUAGCGUCCAACUUGCCCAGAAUGCGAACGGGGCACUGUUGUUGACCUGGCUCCUUGACACCUGCACCUUCCCUCGUCGGCGGUCAGUUUUGGCCCCAAGAUUGAUCCCUCACCUCGUUCAACUCUGCACCCACAAAGUUGCAUAUCUUACUGUGCUCAAGAUCAUCAACCAACGAAAUGAGCCGGAGGCUCGUGAUAUGGUCCUGAAUGCCCUAUUUUUCAGUCCGAAUGACAAUGUGCUUGAACAGAUUCUGUGCGAUCAAACCUCUGGGGUGACCCUAAUCUUCAAGAUACUGACCACUCCAUUCCUUGACGACCACAUGAGGCCCGAAGUGGUCCAAAAUGUGUCCAAAGUCCUGACCAAGAUAAAGGCUCAACCGAAUCAGGGCUACAAGAGAAUCAUGGACGAAGUUGGACUGUCGUCAAGGCCCAGCCAACCUGUCAUGCAACAAUUUCCUUCCCAUGGGCACCCGAACCUGAACGAUCGGGUCAGACCGAUGGCUCAACCGCAACAUGUCCCAGUGAAUGGAUUGCAACAGCAAAGUUUUCCCCAGCGGCAGUACAGCGGCAACUUCGUCCCCAAUGGCAGUUCCUUCGAGAGCGGUCUCAGUCCAAUUCGAACAGGUUCAGCCGACUCCUUUGGUUUCGCACCUUACACCGUGAAUGGAUUCCAGUCUCAGUCGCAAUAUUCGCAGCUUCCUUAUCAACAGAUGACUCCUCAAUCUCAAUACCAGAACUUUCCGGCUGCAGCGCCGCAGCGGUCCAACAACGGGUAUAUGCCCAAUGGUUAUGCUGCUUACGCAACGCCCCCUUCGACGGUCGAUCCUUUCCGUCCGUUGCAGAACCCAUCAUCUUCGCCCCUCUCUUUCUCAGCACAAAUGAGUCCCGUCAUGGGCUCUACCGGUUUCCCUCCGCAGAGCUUCCAGCAGAAUAUGCCUUCUAACAUGUACAAUUACCCUCAACAACAAUUUUUCUUCUCUCCACCAAUGCAGACGGUUCAUUCCGGAGGGCGAGGCCGUCGGGUACGUACUAUCUUUCUCCCGGCCUGGUUCUUGAUACUAACUUCCAUCAGAGAUAGAGAAUUUCAUUUGCGCACACAUAAAGAGUGA